GCGUGUUUAUAGUGACGACAAAGCAACGUCUUUGAAACGCUGUGGGCAGAAGUGUUUGGCACGCUGUCUGAGCAGCAGUGGCCUGACGACAACAUGGCAGCAGCACUGCUGACUGGUAGUAGCCGCUUGUUCAAUGACGUUCACAGAGUCGGCUACAGGGAAUGGGGAGUUGAAGAAAGCUCGUACUGAUGAGUCCAAAGCCAUGGCAUCAUCAGAGGCAGAUUCAGAGCAACGUGAGGAGAUAGUGCAACUUUACAAGCUUCAAAUGCCAGAAGAUCUAUACCACUUCUGGGACUUCUGCAAGGAACUUUGUCCCGACAGCCCCCGUGGUGCAUUGAAAGAUACACUGGGUUUGCAGCUGGUUGGUCCUUUUGACAUUCUGGCAGGAGCUCACAAAAACUCCAAGAAUCCUCAGCCUAACUUCCACCUUCACUGGAGGUAUUUUUAUGACCCACCAGAGUUCCAGACCAUCCUUCGGAGGAGUGACAACAGUCAGUAUCACAUUGGCUACUACAGAGAUACUCCAGACUCCCUUCCUUCAUUUGUUGGGGAAAAUGAAGCCAAGAAAGGCUGCACUAUAACACAAAUGGGGGACAACGUGUUUGCUGCUGUCCUCUUGUAUCUGUUGAAAAGGAGGAAAGAGAGGGGCAGCAAGAAAGCAGAAGGAGAAGCUUUGGAAAGCUUGGAGGUGCAGCUGAGAGACAGGGCAGAGGCUCUGGGCUUCUCUCUAGAGCAGAAGACCAAAGGCAUGAAGCAGAGGGACAAGAAGGUGGUCACCAAGACGUUCCACGGUGCCGGCAUCAUUGUACCCAUAGACAAGAAUGAUGUGGGAUACAGAGAACUACCAGAAACAGAUGCUGGUCUCAAAAAGAUCUGCAAGACAAUUGCUGAAGCCCGGAAUGAUGAAGAGCGCGUCAAAGGCUUUGGACCACUCCAGGAGAUUAUCACGUUUGUUCAGUUUGCCAACGAUGAGUGUGACUAUGGCAUGGGUUAUGAGCUUGGAAUAGACCUCUUCUGUUACGGAUCACAUUAUUUUCACAAGGUUGUCAAGCAACUUCUGCCCAUGGCCUACAGCUUGCUGAAAAGGGAUUUGUUUGGUGAAAUCCUGGAGGCCCACCUCUCCAGCCGCAGCCAUGAUGACCUGGACCAACUCUCUGCGCAAUAAAAAAGACUCAGAAGUAUGCUUCAGUUCUAGCUCUUAUAAGCUUUUCUCCACCAUUUGUCCUUGUCUUCUGUUGUUUGUCGUUGUUAAUGUUUCUUGGUGGUUUUGUUGCUGCUGUCAUUGAUUGGAACCAAUUCAAUGAUAUCUUGUUUGUUAAAGGUAGAUGUCUAAUAAAGUAUUUUUAUAUAUA